AGUGCGUGUGGUGUGACGGUGACGGUGGUAUUGCGUUUCAAGACUUUCAAGUUUCGAGUGUUAUGCGGUCCCUUUCGCGUGAAAAUCUUUGAGCGAGCGGGAAACAUGACGAAUUCGGUGCCGGACAGAUGGUUAGAGUACAAAGCUUUCGGCGAUGUGAUCAAAGGCACCAAGAUCCUGGCGUUCAAAGUUCCGCUGAAAGACGCGAUAGCGAAGAAUCUGCAGCCGGAGCAACGAUUUACUACCGCAAAAUUGCUGCAAGCCUUUCCUCAUCUCAAGUAUAUCGUCGACUUGACCAAUACUUAUCGCUACUAUGACAAAAAGGAAUUUACAAAUGCUGGUAUUAAAUAUGAGAAGAUUGCUAUUCCUGGGAGGAAGAUACCAACUAGGGAUAUAAUCGAAAAAUUCUUUAAAGUGAUGGAUGAUUUCACAUCGACAUGCGGUGAAGGUGAGUUUGCAUUACUUCAAAUAUACUUGAAACAAAGUUCCUCGACUCAAGAAAUCGAAGUAACUUUAUUGCAUCUACCACAAUCUUGGACAAAUAUGUAACGCUUUGCAUUGAUC